AUGCUAAGGUGGUUGGGAGUCGCUCUUUCAUAUGCUCAGUUCCUUUCAUCUCUUCAUCCGCUUAGCGGUCAUUUCAGAGCUGCUUUGGGAAGAGAAGGUCACCUUAGGGGUUCAGUUCCUGUUUCUGCAAUUGCCGUUUAUGAUACAAAGCUAAAUAAUUUAUGUAAAUUCCUAAAUCCUGAGGUUGAGUCAAAUCCAUUCUUGGUGAUGUUGCUUGUUCUGAGGGCUGCUGCAAAAAUCCCUGGUUCUGUGUCAAUUUCUGAGGACCGGCGAUCAAUACAAAGGCUAAAUUCAUACCCUCCUGAGAUUAUACAGUCUUUAACCGAGCAACAAUCUAGCUUGCCAGAAAACAUUUUGAUUGAAGUAAUACGGAUUCCUUAUUCAGCUGAGAAGCCUGUUGAAACCUUGACUCUUCAUAUUUCAGCUAAUGGUUAUUACCUGGAUGUUAUUGCAGCAGAACUAGGAGCACCAGAUGCUUCUGAGGUUCUGGUAUCCAGGACUGUUGGCAAAGCUUCCUCUGAGACGAGAUUAUACUUCUGGCCUCCUGAGUCAUAUCUGCUGGAUCUGUCAAAAGAACCAUGCGCAAGAGAUGCAUGUCAAUUUGAAAGAUCUUUAAACUCCAGGGCAAGUUAUUUCUCUGGUCAAGUUAUAUAUGGUGAUGCUAUUUUGGCAUCUAUUGGAUAUUCACGGAGGUCUCUUGACCUUUUCUAUGAAGAUGUAUCCUUGCGUUCAUAUCAUAGGUCUCUUUCCUACUUCAUCUGUUCUAUUUUGUGCUCAUUCUAA